CAAUACGGGUACGGCGUUAAGUAAACGUAAACAAAUUUAAUUUUAGCCUGCUGUUCAGUAGUUGUCGGCAUAUACCAUAUUUACAGCUACAGUAGACAGUGAAUAUCAACAUGUCACACAACAUAAACUGCUGUGCCCAACCAAGGGUCGUAUCAUUACGGAAUAUUACGAAUGAUCAACACAUAUGUGGGGCCACUCUACUUUCACCGUUGUUUGCUGUAACAGCCGCCCACUGCGCUCAACGCGACCCCCUUCAGUACACACUCCAGAUCAACAACUAUUGUCAUCAAUCGCCUCCGAAAGCCCAGGUGUUGGAAAUCAUCACGCAUCAACUUUAUGACAGGUUAUCGUUAGCUCACGAUAUUUCUUUGCUACGUAUUAAUAUCGACUCGGAUGAUGUAGCAUGGCUUAACCACACUGUAUUACCGAAAUCAUCGUUCGGUUUAGCAGGUGAAUGUAUGAUUUACGGUUAUGGCUAUAAUGAUUUGAACACUAAGAAAACAUCUGAGACGCUGUCAGUUGCAAAAGCGACGCUCGUAUCUUUAGAUAAGUGCAAACAAAUAUUGGGACCCGUCGCUCCCGAAUAUGACCACGGAAUGUUAUGUGCGGUUGGCAUUGAAGCUGAUUCAUGUCAGGGUGAUUCUGGUGGUCCCCUAAUAUGUAAAGACUCCGAAAUUCAAGGAAUUAGCAGUUAUGGAUUAAGCUGUGGAGUGCCAGGGGUACCUGCAGUAUAUACUAGUAUUGGUUCUCAUUUGCAAUGGAUACGUGAAGUUACUAACAUCAGAUGAUUCUAAAACUACAAAAAAUAUUAUAUACAUUGAAGUCUCUAUAACAGGAAAACAUAGUAGAUAAAUAUAGAUCAUCCUACAAGAAUAUGUAGUCACACAAACACAUAUUAUGUAUUUUUUUCUGCUUCUAAUAUCAAAAGAGACUUAUAUA